UGUAUGUGUGUGAGUAUAUAUGGAGGGUUGAGUUUUGAGUUGGUAGUAAUUGUGAAGCUUUUGAAAAUGGGUGAUUCCCCUGAAGAGAGCAGCUGGACUUUCUACAUCGAGGGUUUUAUUUGUGAGAAUAACAAGCCUUGUUUGUCUUCUGAUUUUGAGAGCCCUUCUCUCGUUUCGGACGCAGCUUCUUCCGCUGUGGUAAACAAGUUUCAAGAACGCCUAGGGUUUUCAUCUUCUCCCAACCAAAAUCAUUUCAAGAAGCAGAAAACUAACAUCAUCCCUGCACCUAUGGAUUAUGACCUAGAAGACACUGCUAGCUCUCCUGUAAAUAGUCCCAAGCAGAUUUCUUAUAUGAAUGAGUUCAUGAAUAAUGGCGAUAAGAAAGACAAGGCUAAGAGGGAUGAGGUGAAGAAGAACAGUUUUGGGAAGGUAGUUACUGUUGAAAGGGAUAGUGAGUUGAAGAAAAAGAGCACUUGUGGUUAGGAGGGCUGUUGUAUUCAUAAGUUGAUAUAUAUCUCAGUUUCCAACAGUAGUAGCUACGGCCAUUUCAAUUAUGCAUCUGCCACCCACACAAAUGUGAAAAAUUAGCCUUAAUUAAGGAAUAAGUUUAUAAUUUAAUUUGCUACA